AAGACAACAUUGACAGACGAUGAUUAUAUGAGAUUUGCGAAGGUUGUUUUCCUUUUCACCAUCCCGACAAGAUAGUAACUUUUAUUCCAGGUUAUCUCAGGUAGGAAGAAAAAAAUCAUUCAAGUCAGCAUGGAAACUGAUCAACCAGGAAAAACUUCACCAUUGGCACAAUACCUCCGCCUGCUGAAUUCUAUCCAUGAUGUCAAUAAAUUGUCCUUCUCCAAACGGCCUUUGGAAGACCAGUUGGAUUUUCUUUUCCACUCUGAAAAGGUCAGAGACUACCGACCCAAGAUGUAUUCUGAAACCAAGAACGUGUUCAGGGCCUAUGAGUGCAGUAGCAAGGCCAAGAAUUGCCAUAAAAUAUCAACCAAAUUUGCACGUCUCAAGGACGCCCUGAGAUUCGCUCCUCGCUUCGGGGACAUGUUUGCCGAUAUCGUCAUGUUUCGAGCAUCUUUAACAUCAAAAAUGUUGCACAGACCGGAUGAAGCUUUGCGGCAAAUCGCAGAACUCGGGUCCGGAUUCGGGAAGCAGAAAUCAGCAGAAAUCCGCAAACUUGAGCAAGAUUUGCGGGAAACCUUGAAACAGGGUUCUUUUAAGACAACAGACCACAAUUCGAAACAGCACCAUUGGUUGGACUUGACGAAAGAGGAAAGAAUUUCCCCAUUCUGCAGCGUUUCCGACAAGAUAAAGCUCGGGAAAACGGGAAAAAAGGGGUUCGGAUAUUUUGCGGAAGUCGACUUGAAACCCGGUGAAGUGCUGAUUUCUGAGACUGCCUUGAGUUCUGUGCUGAUGCCUGAUACAUGGGCAACUCACUGCAACAUGUGUCAUAAUCAGGUUUAUGUGGGCUUCCCUUGUCCAAAAUGCCCUCAUGUGAUUUACUGUGACAAGGAAUGCUAUCAAAGAAGUCAGACAUUCCACAAAUUUGAGUGCAAAGCUAUGGUGAACUUGAGGGAAUUGUGUUUGCUUCAUCCAACAGCUUUAGUUGCUUUAAAAAUGGUGCUGAGCACCAACUUGAGAGACUUGGUGGGUACCAAGGGCCGGAGACUGAGCAGAAAACCCCAGGAUCAGGAUUAUCUUCAGAAAUACCAUCCUGGUGAUUGGAGAUCAACCUUCAACUUACAGCAAAGUCAGGCAAAUGAAGAUUCAGAAUUGGUGCUGAGUAAUGCAAAGUUGGCAGUUUACCUGGUGAAGCUGCUGGAGGAAAUGGGAUACUUUGCAGCUCAGGAUUAUCCUGCUUCUACUGAAGAAAAAAUAUGUUUGAGCGAAUUGCUGUCCCACUGGCUCAGCACAUUUGCUUCCAACUGCUUCCCCAUUAGUACUCCACAGGUGAAAAAGGCUGAAGACGAGGUAAAAGUUUGGUUGUCUCCAACUGGAACUGGGAUUUUUCCUUCUUCAGCAAUGUUCAACCAUGCCUGCUAUCCAAAUGCAACAGCAGCAUCUUUAACAUCAAAAAUGCUGCACAGACCGGAUGAAGCUUUGCGGCAAAUCGCAGAACUCGGGUCCGGAUUCGGGAAGCAGAAAUCAGCAGAAGUCCGCAAACUUGAGCAAGAUUUGCGGGAAACCUUGAAACAGGGUUCUUUUAAGACAACAGACCACAAUUCGAACCAGUACCAUUGGUUGGACUUGACGAAAGAGGAAAGAAUUUCACCAUUCUGCAGCGUUUCCGACAAGAUAAAGCUCGGGAAAACAGGAAAAAAGGGGUUCGGAUAUUUUGCGGAAGUCGACUUGAAACCCGGUGAAGUGCUGAUUUCUGAGACUGCCUUGAGUUCUGUGCUGAUGCCUGAUACAUGGGCAACUCACUGCAACAUGUGUCAUAAUCAGGUUUAUGUGGGCUUCCCUUGUCCAAAAUGCCCUCAUGUGAUUUACUGUGACAAGGAAUGCUAUCAAAGAAGUCAGACAUUCCACAAAUUUGAGUGCAAAGCUAUGGUGAACUUGAGGGAAUUGUGUUUGCUUCAUCCAACAGCUUUAGUUGCUUUAAAAAUGGUGCUGAGCACCAACUUGAGAGACUUGGUGGGUACCAAGGGCCGGAGACUGAGCAGAAAACCCCAGGAUCAGGAUUAUCUUCAGAAAUACCAUCCUGGUGAUUGGAGAUCAACCUUCAACUUACAGCAAAGUCAGGCAAAUGAAGAUUCAGAAUUGGUGCUGAGUAAUGCAAAGUUGGCAGUUUACCUGGUGAAGCUGCUGGAGGAAAUGGGAUACUUUGCAGCUCAGGAUUAUCCUGCUUCUACUGAAGAAAAAAUAUGUUUGAGCGAAUUGCUGUCCCACUGGCUCAGCACAUUUGCUUCCAACUGCUUCCCCAUUAGUACUCCACAGGUGAAAAAGGCUGAAGACGAGGUAAAAGUUUGGUUGUCUGCAACUGGAACUGGGAUUUUUCCUUCUUCAGCAAUGUUCAACCAUGCCUGCUAUCCAAAUGCAACAGCGUAUUUCCUGAACAACAAAUUGAAGAGGAAGAGUUUGAUGUCUGUGUGUGAGCAAUGUGGUCCAUAUCAGGCACAUUCAGACAGGAUUCUGCAACUUGCUGAUGUUGAUCAAAUGUUCAAGAAUGCAACAGCCUGGGUGCUGGAUACAGAACAAACAGUGACCAACUACAAGUCACCUAAAUGUGUAAAACCGCAUCAGUGUGCAUUUCGGGCCCAGAACCUGCUCAUCAAAUGCUUCUUGGUUGAUGCAGUUUUGGCAAAACCAGUGCUGAUAGCUUCUCGCCAUGAAAUCCCAGACAUUGACCAGAAUCAUCAAGUUUUGCCUCAACAAGUCAAAAGCAGGACUCAGCCAAAAUUUUUGAGGAUUGUGGAUUCUUUGGGGACAUCGUGAUGCUUUCUUGUCACUUUAAUCAACACCGUCGGGCAUGACUAUAUAUUUUAUUUCUUCGGGAAUUUAAAAUCGGAAAUUAAAUGCGAAAUAAAAAAGCAUGGAAUGAAUUCA